UCGGGCAGCGCCGCGGGCCGGGCGGGCGCGAUGGAGCCGCCUGAGGGCUGGGAGCCCUACGGGCGGCCGGGCCGGCGCACGCAGCGGCUGCUCAGCGCCCUCGGCCGCCGCUACGGGCUGGAGCGCGGCGUGGAGAACGAGACCGUCGUGCUGGCCGCCGGCCCGGAGCAGCACCUGCAGGAGAUCUUCCAGCGCCUGCACUGCGCCGGGGCGGGCCGCAUCCCCGGCGAGGAGCUCCGCACGCUGUGCCGGGUGCCGGGGCCGCAGGAGGCGGCGGAGCCCGAGCGGUGCGCGGGGCUGUGGGACGGGCUCUCGGCCGAGCUCACCUUCCGCCACUUCCACGCGCGGCUCCGCGGCCACUUCAGCACCCGCGCGGGGCCGCGGCUGCCGCUGGGCCGGGAGAGCGAGCGCAUCGAGAGCCAGAUCCGCCCGCGCAGCCCCCGCCGCCGCCGCGCCCGCCCCGCCGAGCCCGAGCGGCGGCCGCCGGGGCCCUGCUCCCGGGAGCGCUGCCAGGAGACGGUGGCGCUGGAGCGGGCCGAGGAGCGCAUUCUGCUCGAGGAGAAGGGCAGCCUGCGGGAGCUGCUGGAGGACAUGCGGGCCGCCCUGCGGAGCAGCGAUGCGCGGUGCCUGGCGCUGCAGGUGGGACUGCAGAAGAGCCGUGCCAGCCAUAAAGAAGAAGGAUCCUGCUUCAUAGGGAGUAAGAGACCAUUAACACAGAAGCACUGCCAGACCAAGUGCCUCCAAAGUGUCCUGAAGGAAAUGGAGCUCAUGCACAGCUCCAGGGAUGGGCAGAUUGGAGAAGCCAUCAGGUUCAGUCAGGAGCUGGAGAAGGAGCUGAAGAGCUCUCAGGAAGCUCUGGUCAGCCUGGAGGAUUGCAACCGUAACCUGAAGAGGGAGCAGGCAGGGAUGAGGAGGAAGGUGGAAGAGGCCAGACACGCUGUCCUGAACAGUCUUGGCAAAGUGAAGGAGCUGGAAGUGAGAGCUAACGAGGUGCCCCAUCUGCAAGGAUACAUUCAGCAGCUGGAAUCACAACUGCAGCACUACAGGUAG